GAGCAAUUGAUUUGUUGCAGCAACUGAACGAAUCAGUGAAAACAUGCACAUAGUGGCGAAUGAGCCAUCACUGGCUUUCUACCGACUGCAGGAGCAUGUUCGCAAGGCCCUACCGCCAAUGGUCGAGAAGAGAGUCGACGUAGCUCGCCUGCAUCAAAGGCUGCAGGGCCACUGUUACGAUGUUGAAUAUGCAAUCAGCGCUGUGAAAUCAAUGGAGAGUGCUGACCGGACAUUCCUCGACGUCCAAGAUCUACUAAGAAAUGCCAUUUUUCUGAGACAGCAGCUCAAGUACGAAGAAUCAAGGAGGCAAAAGAAGGAGCCUACUAUGUCCGUGUACAAGCGAUUGUCGGCACACAUCACACUCGACUUGCCUGAUUUGCCAGAGUUGUCUGAUGCUCUCCGUGAAACCGCUUCCAAAGUCGAGAGUAUCAUGCGCCAUACUGAACAAUCAGCUCCACAUUCGUAAAAUCCAAUAAGUUAUGUUAAAUUGUGUUAUCUUCAUUACUAUUAUAAAUAUAAAGAAAAUAAAUAAAAAUCUCAGUACCCUUUUUUUAAAAUAUUUUAUCACAACAUGUUUCGGUCAUUUAUGCCAUUUUCAAGUGAUAUGAAUUAAAUAAAUAAAUACUAAUGGAAGAUUCUUAUUUUGAUCAUAUGUUAGUGUAUUCAUAUGUUUUUAUAAACUAGUAAAUUUUGGGAUUAAAUUCGCAUGAUUCUAUCAAAAAUGGGGGUUAUUGGUGUCUAAUUGGAUUAAGUUUAUUAUUUUAUCUCUGUUUAAUUUUCUGCUUUAUAAAUAUGAAAUUCUUCUUUGACUUUCAGUUUUUGACUUUUAUUACCAUAAUUGAGAAUUUUCAUAUUGGAAUUUAUAUCUGUAAAAUUAUGGCCUGAAUCUAUCAAGUGUUCAGCAAAUGCCGACUUUUGUGUAUAAUUUUUAGAUUUUAGUGCUUGGAUAAUUAUGUUCUCGAAACCUGAUAUGGAAAUUUCUACCCGUUUGCCCGAUAUAGAAUUUGUCGCAAUCACUACAUUUAAGUUCAUAGAUUCCAGAUUUUUUGAACUUAUCUUGCUGUACAUUUAAAUUUGAUUUCUUUUUUAUCAGUUCGAAUGCAUUAUUUGUUGUCCUAUAACCUAGAAUGAAUUUAUUUUUUGUAAAGGUUUUUCUUAUAGCUUUAUUAAAUUUUGUGUUAUAUGGAA